UAUUGCUCACUCCUCUCCUCCUCACUCCCAUGUCGCUCUCGUCCUUAGGAGGCUUUGAUGAUAAUGCAUGGGGUGCCAGUAACGAAGACGCAGACAUUGUUACUGCAGCGAUAAAGAAGGACAAGUUGAUCAAGGAAAUUACUGCUGCUCAAGAAGACCUGCGUGCUCUUCUUACGCGAGUGAAGUCAGUACAGACAGAUGUGGACAAGCUGGCUUCAGGAAACGAAACUCUACAGAUGUACAUUGACAACCUAACUAUGCAGAUGGCGAAACGUCGUUAAGCCUACCAUCAAUCCGAUCUGUCACACAACAUUAUACCUUAAUAUUACACUCCAUUAUCUAUCC